AUGAGUGAAAGAAGGAACACACAUCGAACAUUGAGCGAGGCUGACGACAGGAGGCCUAAAUCGACAACAUGGCCAGAUAUUAGUAACCUCUCGAUCUCUCAUACACAUUUAGUCGGUGUAUUGAAAAAGAUGGAUGGAACGGUGAGAUGGCCUCCAAAAAUGAAAGCACUUGACAAUAGGCGUGACACCUCGAAGUGGUGUGUGUUCCACAACGAUCACGACCACAAAACAGACGAUUGCAUCUCAUUGAAAAUGAAAGUGAAUGAGCUGCUUAAAAAAGGUCACUUGAGGGAAUACUUGUCAGAUAAAACCCACAAUCGCAUGGAUGGCGGGAGCAACAAGCAAAUAACAAUUGUGAAUGCCCCAGUUUCGCCUCCAAAACAUGAUCGAGUCAUCAAUGUUAUCUCUGGAGGAUCAGAGAUAAGUGGGAUAACUCACUCAACUGCGAAAAGAAACACUAGAGCUGUCAAGAACUCUCAAAGCAGAGGACACGCUACGAAAGGCGAUACACCGUCAUACACCAUAACUUUUACGACUGAUGAGAGCAGUGUAUCAACCCUUCACCAUGAUGCUUUAGUCAUACAACUAACAGUGGCUAACUGUUUGAUGAAGAGGAUAUUAAUCGACAAUGGAAGCUCAAUUAACAUCCUUUAUAUGCAAACAUAUAAGGAGUUGGGUCUUGACGAAGGAGGACUGACACGAAAAUCUAUUCCAUUAGUUGGGUUCAGCGGUGAGGUCAAGCAGAGUAUUGGCAAAGUGACGCUUCCAGUGUAUGCAGUGGGAGUUAACAAACACACUAAAUUUUUAGUAGUAUAUUGUGCUUCGGCUUAUAAUGCUAUUAUGGGACGCCCUUGGAUUCACGACAUGGGAGCUAUUCCAUCGACUCUACACCAGACUAUGAAAUUUCCCACCCCAUGGGGAGUGAAAGAGAUAGUAGGGGAACAAGAAAGUUCACGUUCAUGCUAUCAAACUACCUUAAAAGGUAAGGGUCAACAGUUAUAG